AUGGACGCCAUGAGUGCUGCUCCUGGACGCUUUGAUAUGCUCUUGACGGAGCUAGCACAGCAACAUGAGAGACACAAGAUGGGAUUUUUACCUGGUCAAGCACAGGAAAAAGUGCUGAAAGCCUUUCAGAAGUACCCAAUGAAGAUUCUGGAUGGAAAUGAUAGUUACAACAUGAUUGCCAAGAAGAACACUGCGACAAUUGACCAAGUUGUAUCUGCUGCAAGUUCAAUUAAAGCUUCUUGUGGUGCUAAAAAUGAACCGAAGCUUACGGACGAGGGCAAACAAUUUCCUGUGGGUAAUGGAGGACGAGCAGGAACUUUACAUGGACGCAGACUUUGGAGGAAGUUUCAAUUCAGAUGGAGUUACAACACGAUCAAGCCACUUCUGGAAGGAGAGUUUCCAGAACAAAUCCGUGUGGACGAGAGCAUUUGGUCGCUAGAGAGCAACCAUACACUUCUCAUCAUUCUAGAGAAGACCAAACCGACGUGGUGGGCUAGUGCACUGAAAGGAGAACCAGAGAUUGACACGAACCAAGUAGAUUAUCGAAGGAGUAUUUACGAGUACGAUGAAGUCACACAAGGUGCUAUCAGAAAAGCUGUAUACGACCAACGUCAAUACCAGUCGAACGGUAGAGUGCCACUUACACCAGAGGAGCAAAUGUUGGAGACAGCAAAGGACUUGCCUGGCUCUCCUUUUCUGUCGUCAACACAAUAA